AUGUCGGAGCCGCCGCGCAGCCCGCCGGGCUCGCUGCCCCUCAGCCGCCUGGCGGAACCGCUGCUGCGGAGGCUGAGCGAGCUGCUGGACCGCGCGGCGCCCGGCAAGGGCUGGCGGGAGCUGGCGCAGCGCGCGGGAAGCCGCGGCCGCGUCCGGCUGAGUCCCCUGGAUUUAGAGCAGUGUUCCCUCAAAGUUCUGGAGCCAGAAGGAAGCCCAAGCUGGAGCCUCUUGAAGCUGCUGGGUGACAGAGGCUGCACAGUAGUGGAGCUGGUGGAGUUCCUGCAGGCCAUGGAACACACAGAGGCUCUCCAGUGUCUCAGCUAUUCAGGCAUCAAGAUUGUUGUACAGCCAGACUCUCAAGCAGUGCUCUGUGGCCAGGUUGUCAAGCUGUGUUGUUGGGCAACAGGACACCCAUUUGUACAUUACCAGUGGUUCAAACAGAAGAAAGAGGUUCCCCAUGGUAAUUCUCCAGAACUGGUUCUGAAUCCAGUGAAAGUGAAUGAUGCUGGCUUUUACAUCUGUCGAGUGAACAGUGAAUCUUCAUUUACAUUCAGUCGGUGGGCACGACUGGAAGUUUGUGAUCUCCAGGGUACAGCUCAUGGGGGCUUAAUUGGUUUGCCUGAAAAGAAGCUGUGCAUUUGUAUUCAGCCUCAGCCACAAAACCUGACUGUGGGAGACGCUUUGGUAUUAGAAUGUGGAGCUGUUGGAAACCCAAUUCCUCAAUACCAGUGGUUCAGAAAUGGAUUUCCCUUGGCAAAUGGAAGCAGAAAUGUCUACACGGUGUCUUGCGUGGACAUGGAACAUGGGGGAACGUACUGGUGUCACGUAUUCAAUGACCAGGAAGACCAAGACAGCAAGAAGAUAGACGUCAUUGUAGGAAGGAAAGCUAUGGCAGUGGAGUGCACAGAAGAAGAGCUAAGUGAUCUUCAGAAAACAGCAGACCUACAGGAACAGUUCAGUGACAGACCUUUUGCAACAGACAAGGUGGCUCUGUUAAUAGGAAAUAUGAGCUACUGGAAUCACCCCCAGCUCAAGGCCCCAAUGGUGGAUGUCUAUGAAUUGACCAAUUUGCUAAGACAGUUGGAUUUCAAAGUUGUUUCUUUGCUGGAUCUUACUGAGUCUGAGAUGCGAAAUGCAGUGGACGAAUUUUUACUUCUACUAGACAGAGGAGUAUAUGGUUUGCUGUACUAUGCUGGCCAUGGCUAUGAAAACUAUGGGAACAGUUUCAUGGUUCCUAUUGAUGCUCCAAAUCCCUACCGAUCUGCAAACUGUCUGUGCGUGCAGAACAUCCUCAAACUAAUGCAGGAAAAAGAGACAGGACUCAAUGUGUUCCUACUGGAUAUGUGUCGGAAAAGAAAUGAAUACGAUGAUACAAUCCUCAUCCUAGAUGCUCUGAAGGUUACUGCCAACAUUGUUUUUGGAUAUGCCACGUGCCAAGGAGCAGAAGCUUUUGAAAUUCAGCAGUUGGGAUUGGCCAAUGGAAUUUUCAUGAAGUUCUUGAAGGAGCGUUUGCUGGAGGACAAGAAGAUCACAGUGCUGCUUGAUGAAGUUGCUGAAGAUAUGGGCAAGUGUCACCUCACCAAAGGCAAGCAAGCUUUGGAGAUCCGCAGCAGUUUGUCUGAGAAAAGGGCAUUAUCUGAUCCCAUUCAACAAACCAUGUCUUCUGCAGAGUCCAUGGCAAGGAACCUACAGUGGGCCAAAGCUCAUGAGCUUCCAGAAAGCAUGUAUCUUGAAUUCAAAUGCGGCGUCCAGAUUCAGCUGGGGUUUGCAGCAGAGUUCUCCAAUGUCAUGAUAAUCUACACACGAAUAGUAAAGAAGCCACCUGAGAUAGUUGUUUGCAGAGCCUGCGUUACAGACUUCCCACUUGACCUGGAUGUGGAUCCUAAAGAAGCCAACAAAGGAACUCCUGAGGAAACUGGAAGCUAUUUAGUUUCAAAGGACCUUCCCAAACACUGCCUCUACACCAGGCUAAGUUCUCUGCAAAAGCUAAAGGAACACUUGAUCUUCACUGUUUGCUUGCACUAUGAGUAUCCAGGAAUAGAAGACACAAUGGAUGAAAGAAAGGAAGUUAAUGUUGGGAAGCCCCUCAUUGCUAAAUUGGGCCUCCACCACAGAUUCAGAAAUAACUGUCUCCAGACCUGUUGUGUGGCUAAUAAUCUUUUUCACAGUCCAGCAGAAUCAAGCCCUGUGGUAACUAAAUACUACUUCCCUAGUCGCUGCCAACCAAAUUCCUGCCCAGGGGCUUACCAUCCAAACUGUACUUGCCCAGGCAGCGCUGGACAACUAGAGGCAUGUUCUUGCAACGGGACUUCAAGAAUGUUAGCUUCGAGACAUGAAGUCCAGAAUUACUCAUCCCCUGCAGAAAAGAGCAACGUGCCAAUAGAGACCACUGAUGAUACUGUUGAGCUGGAAUUCCUCCUGUCCGAUAGCCUCAGCUUAUCCAAGCAGCAGUAGCUGUGAUGUCUUCAGCAAAGAUCCUCUUUUCCGUUCUGAACAGGAGAUCCUCCACACUGCUUGCUCGAAUUCUGGACUUUGGAGAUUUGGGGAUACAGGGCCUGGGGGAUGUAGAGUUGGUAGUGGGAGUGAGGCUGUGUCUUGUGUCGGUUCAUAUUGCUCUCAGGGAAAAAAUUCCAGAUCCGAGGAAGCAAAACUGGACUGAUAGAUUUAGGAAAGAAAAGGCAUAGUUUUUGGUUUUGGUCCUACCAUUCAAGAUUUGAAAAGUGGGGAGAAAAACAUCCAAGCUCCUCAGAUUCCUACUGCAUGAUUCAGCAGACAAGAAAGUAAAGAACACAGGCAGUCGUGAGUCUCUGGGAGGAAGCUUCCCAUCUGUGUUAGAGAAUGCAUAGAAGCCAGGUUCUGGUGACAGAGUUUCUCUUGAAGGUAAAGCCUUGGAUCUUCCCAGCUGCUGCUUCUGUACCUACCAGGGUUAUAAGAUUUACUGUAAGUGAGUGCCUUUUAAAUAAAUAAACAGUUUUUAGAGAGGAAAUGCUUGUUCUCUGCAAACAAGCAAACAAAAAACAUGCCUCGCUGUCAGAGGAAAAAGAUGUCGAUAGACGUAAGCAGGGAACUGGUUUUCCAUUUUCUUUAUGAUUUAAUGUGAUUAAAAAAACUCAUCAACCCCAAAAUGAUAAAUAAUACCUUUCCCUUCA